AUCUGGUUCAACAUUCAGCUGCUCUUCUUCUCUCAACGUGCUCGUCCCGAAUACGACGUUCGAUCCUCGACUACAAUAGAAAGCCUCCUCACGCUAGGGAAUUAAAUCGAGCUGCCGAGAUGUCCAAACGUCCCAACGAGAAUGGACAGCUUGGCAACGAUCCCAAGAGGAUGAGGAGGUGAGACCCUCUCGCUGGACUUCCACCGGUUCCUACCCAAGUCGGAGGUGGUGCAGCUGCUCCUCGCCAGGCAGCUGGUGGACCUCCCGGUGGUCUCGAUAUGGCUGCAAUUCGAGCCCAAAUUGCAGCUCGUAUGGCUGCACUGGGUCGACCGAACGCCCCGGCUUCAGCCUCACCUCAGCCUCCUACAGCAAGACCCGCUGCACCUCCCGCUGUCGCUGCAGGUAGUUCAUCUUCCGAUAUCCAAGCCAGGAUCGCGGCAUUGAAAGCUCAGGUUGCAGCCAAGAAUGCAACGAUCAACCCGUACCUCGCUGGAUCUACCGCUUUGCCACCUCGACCAGCGAUGACAUUGGCCUCGGAAGAAAAGGUCAAUCCCAACAUUGCCAAGAAGGGAGGACUGGCUUCUGUUCAAGCUCAUCCUCUGUUGGCGGAUAUGAGAUCGUCUGCACCGGGCGAAGGGACCGCAUCGGCCGGAGGAGCCGGCAAAGGCAGACACAGUCGGGUUAUGGCUCCCAAAUUCACUUCGGUCGCCGCCAACGCUAGGCUCGCCGCAGCAUCCCCUUCGACAUCGCGGGGCGGGGCUUCACCUGCCCCUACCCGUUCCUCACUCAUCGCACCUUCAUCGAACCCUUACCUGACGGCGAGCUCCGUCGACCCGGAUGUCGAACCCGAUGUUCAAGCCGCCCAGAGCGAGAUGGACGCCCUGGCUACGCGAAGACGAAAGGCUACCCUGCACUUCAAUGCCAAAGGAAAGUACAUCCAGCAAGCCGAAGAACAGCGAAAGGAAGCCAAGAUGGAGGAGCUGCGUCAACGAAUUGCGGAACAGAGCCGAAAGGCCGGUCUGGAUUCCGAAUUUGACGUGUUGGAGCGGAACAUCAAACGACAACCUCCUCCAGAGAUCGAAUGGUGGGAUGCGCCCUUGUUGAAGAAUGCCAACUACAACGAUCUGGAUAUGGGGGAAGAAGGAAAGUUGGUCAGGAGCGAUGAUAGUCUGGUGACGAUCUACGUUCAGCACCCUGUACCGCUUCCGCCGCCGUUUGAGGGUAAAGCGGAAGAGCCUAGGGGUCUGAUGUUGACCAAGAAGGAGCAAAAGAAGAUGCGAAGACAGCGACGAGCAGCGGAAUUGAAGGACAAGCAAGAUCGACAACGACUCGGUUUGCUACCUAUGGAUCCGCCCAAGGUCAAGGUAGCCAACAUGAUGAAGGUCUUGACGGCUUCGGCUGUACAGGAUCCUACAAAGGUCGAAGCAAGAGUCAAAGCCGAAGCUGCGGCACGAGUCAGGAAGCACGAACAGACCAACGCCGAGAGGGCACUGACGGACGAGCAGAAGCGAGAGAGACUCGAGCAGAAGAAGAUCAAGGAGGAGGGCAAGGGGGUUUACGGUUGCGCCUUCAAGAUAAAAUACCUGGUCAAUGGAGCGCACAAAUUCAAGAUCCGAGCGACCGCCGAACAGCUCGCGCUCCAUGGAAUGCUCAUCUUUCACCCGGACUUUGCGCUCGUCUAUGUCGAGGGUUCCGCGGCAUCAUUGAAAAAGUACAAGCGUCUGCUUCUCGUACGUAUCGACUGGACAGAGGAAGCCCGACCAAAGAACUUUGAUGGCCCCGAUGGUAUGGACCUGGACAACAACGACGAGGAUGGUGAAGCGAACGGUCGGGCUGGUUGGCAGCCCAUGCAAGAGAAACCAGAGUCGCUCGCCGACAACAAGUGCGAGAUUGUCUGGGAAGGAGAGUUGCCACAGAAGAAUUUCCGAUCAUUCAGGUACCGAAACGUCGAGUCGGACAGGGACGGGAAAGAAGUCCUCGGCAAGGGCAGGGAGGGUGUGUGGGAUCUGGCCAAGAAGUGGAUCUGGGAAGGUGUCGAUUAAAGAUCGAUUAGAGCAGCAUUUUCACGUUGAUUGUGAUAUUACACGUCAUGUCCCGCAUUAAAUUGAUAAGCGGGAAUCUCGGGGACGUCUUGAGCUUGAAUUCAAAUAGUUGAAUCGUUUGACUUCUACUACUACUACCUCCACCGCUUAUUACUGUUUAACUCGCAU